AUGAGUUCUAGUGUUGUUGGUGCCUCAAGUAAUAAAAAAAGUGGAAUUAGGCAGUCCUGUGAGAUUAUUGAGCGAGAACGUCACUCAAACGAUGACACGUACUCUAUGACAUCGACCUUUUUUAAGCUCAAAGAAAACGAAAUUAUGUCUGCACAGUUUGAUUCCUUGAAAUAUAAAAUUCUACUGAUAAGUACCGCGUUUGUAUGUGGGUUUGGAAUUAGUUUAGACUACACACUUAGAUCGACCUAUACGGGCUAUGCGACGAACUCAUAUUCAGAACACUCCUUACUUUCAACUGUCCAAGUUAUCAAUGCUGUUGUAAGUGUCGGAUCCCAAGUUGUCUACUCCAGACUCUCUGACCACUUCGGAAGACUAAGGCUUUUUUUAGUUGCAACUAUUUUUUAUAUAAUGGGAACCAUCAUUCAAUCACAGGCGACCCGUCUCACAAUGUAUGCAGCAGGAUCGGUUUUCUAUAACUGUGGAUACGUCGGAACAAAUCUGCUCCUGACAUUAAUACUUUCUGAUUUCUCCUCCUUGAAGUGGAGAAUGUUUUACCAGUACGCCUCAUAUUGGCCAUAUAUCAUAAUACCAUGGAUUUCAGGUAAUAUUAUCACAGCAGCAAAUCCUCAGAAAAACUGGUCCUGGAAUAUUGCAAUGUGGGCUUUUAUUUACCCACUCUCUGCCUUGCCAAUUAUAUUUCUUAUUCUUUAUAUGAAGUACAAAUCUUCAAAGACUGCUGAGUGGAGAUCUCUCAAAGAACAGGCUAGAAAGGAAAGAACGGGCGGAUUAUUUGAGAAUUUGGUGUUUCUAUUCUGGAAACUCGAUAUUGUUGGCAUAUUAUUAAUAACUGUGUCGCUAGGGUGUAUCCUUGUCCCUUUGACGUUGGCUAAUGAGACAUCACAGAAGUGGCACAAUUCAAAAAUAAUUGCCACUUUAGUUUCAGGUGGCUGUUUAUUUUUCAUUUUUUUAUAUUGGGAGGCCAAAUUUGCCAAAUCUCCUCUUCUACCGUUCAAAUUACUAAGUGAUCGUGGAAUUUGGGCACCCCUUGGUGUUACUUUUUUCAAUUUUUUCACCUUUUUCAUUUCGUGUGACUAUCUGUAUCCUGUUUUGCUGGUAUCGAUGAAAGAAUCGUCCACUUCGGCUGCUCGGAUAGUAAACCUUCCUGACUUUGUUGCUGCUACUGCAUCUCCAUUCUACAGUUUGUUGGUGGCAAAGACAAGGAAACUGAAACUUUCUGUAAUCGGAGGUUGUGCUGCAUGGAUGGUGUGCAUGGGCCUUUUUUACAAAUACAGAGGAGGAUCUGGGUCUCAUGAAGGUGUUAUCGCUGCAUCUGUUAUCAUGGGUUUGAGUGGUCUCCUAUGCAGCAAUUCAGUGAUCGUCAUACUGCAAGCCAUGACUACGCAUAGUAGGAUGGCUGUAAUAACCGGCAUCCAGUAUACCUUUUCAAAGCUAGGCGCUGCUAUCGGUGCCUCCGUUUCUGGUGCCAUAUGGACACAAACCAUGCCUAACCAACUCUACAAGAACCUUGGAAACGAUACAUUGGCAGAAAUAGCAUAUGCAUCACCUUAUACAUUCAUUAGUGAUUAUCCUUGGGGCUCACCCGAAAGAGAUGCUGUGGUUGAAUCUUACAGAUAUGUUCAACGAAUAAUAAUGACGGUUGGCUUGGCAUGUACGGUACCGUUCUUUGCGUUUACAAUGUUCAUGAGAGACCCGGAACUAAUAGACAAGGCGACACACGAAGAAUUCACUGAAGAUGGUUUGGUUGUCUUGCCAGAUGAGGAAAAUAUUUUCUCUCAAAUCAAGGCACUUUUUAGACAUAAUCGAAGUAACAAGAAAUUAGGAUGUUGA